AUGGUGCGUCCCCAGGUGUUGAUGGCUAUGCCGCAGGAGAGCAAGCCGAUGAUGUUCAUCAUGAAGCCUGCUUUCACCUGCAACAGAGAGAGCCGAGUCAGCAUUGGGCCCGAAGAACUGCAGAAGGCGGGGCGCCGACUCCUGGACAAUGGCCGCUCACUCCCACUCACCCUCCUGGCCAUCAUCUUGCCUCCCCCCAGUUCCAAAUGGGCACCGCCGUUGUCCCUGGACGGGCCCAAGUUCGACCUCGAUGCACGAGUAGAUUCUGGAGACGGGGUCAGCAGUGCUAGCGUGGCGAGCGCCGGGCCCCCCCCACAGGUCCGAGAUUCCCCGAGGAAUUCCACGCUGGCAGUGCUGGCGGCCGAACAAAGAGGGCCUCGUCUGCCUCUAGCUGUGGAUGCAUUUACAGGCGUCAUUCGUGAAAGGGUGCCCUCUCUGAGCAAAGGUUCCCCCAACACUGGGAAGGCAUGCGUUUCAUCCUUGGCCAUCUGGGGGUGGCUGGCUUUGCAGGCAGAUGUCGUCAUCCCCCUGUCAGCAGUCCGGAAAAUCACUGCCAGAGCCCUCGACGUUGGCCGAGAGCGCGUGCGCGCUGCCCAGAGCGCCGCCUCACAUGCGCGCGCGCGCACCAGCGAGAGCCGGCGUGCCGCCCAGAGUGCCGCCGCACGCAUGCGCGAUUACCCGCGAGAGCCGACGUACCGCCCAGAGCGCCAUAGGCGUACCAUUGAGACAGCUGACACUAGGGGGAGCCAGUGGGAGCGCAGGCACAGAGGUCCGGAGCCAGGCCCGCAGGCAACGGCCAAGCUGGCCACGGGGCCUCUGCUGCUGCCCACAGCUGUACGGUCUGUGGCCUCAGGUCGGGAGUCCGCUUUGUUCUCGGCUUUCCUCGUCCUCGUGGGCCCUGGCUGUCUGGUCUGCCCCACUGAUCGAAUGUCUAGACACCGUGCUGGACGGAGCGGGCCGAGCUGCCCUGGGUGCGACUUUGGACACCAGCUGGGAGUCAGCCUGGGUCUAGACCAGCCCGGAUCUCGGCCUUUGCCUUUCUGUGUAGCUGAAACAAAACCCUUCUUUUCCUCUGGGCCUCAGUCUCCCCAUCCGCAAAAAUGGAACGACGUUUGUCGUCCCCUCCCCCCACCCCAGAGUACAGGACGGGCCUGUAAGGAUCAGCUAGUGGGCAGCAGACACUGGGGGCGCCAGAAGAGAGGCUGCGGCUCACAGGCACGUGUCCCUUUGGGGUCUUUCCAGAGCCUGGAUCAGGAAGAAUGGGCUAAUUCAGAGGUGAAGAGAGGCUCCAAUCCCGCCAUCAUGGAGAACGGGCAUCAGGUGACAGCAGGGCCAGGCCACGUGUCCCCAGAGGUCCCCGAGCCCCCGGAGCCCCAUCCCCCGAGCGUGUCUGUCUGCAUGCCCCACCAGCCGGUCACCGCCGUCACCCGGGGCCCGGACAGGGCCUCGGGGGAAGUUGUGUCUCCAACCCUGGCCAGCCCCGGCACCGGCCCCGGCGAGGCCCCCGCCAGGACUUCCAGCCAGUCAGAGAAGAGCUCGCGGCUCGCCAACUUCGGGAUGACCAGCGUCUCCCUCAAGAGCGAGAGCUUCCAGCAGGCGACGACUCCCAGGUCUCCAUCCCCGCCACCACCCGCUGGCAGCCAUCGGCCGGCCGAACGUCGGAGGGAGCUGGUGAGAUCGCAGACGCUGCCCAGGACCUCCGGGGCCCAGGCCCGCAAAGCGCUCUUUGAGAAGUGGGAGCAGGACGCGGGCAAGGGCCGAGGGGAGGGCCGGGCCAAGCUCAAGCGCUCCCAGAGCUUCGGCGUGGCCAGUGCGAGCAGCAUCAAGCAGAUCCUCUUAGAAUGGUGCCGCUCCAAGACUAUCGGCUACCAGCACCUGGACCUCCAGAACUUCUCGUCCAGCUGGAGCGACGGCAUGGCCUUCUGCGCCCUCAUCCACUCCUUCUUCCCGGAAGCCUUCGAUUACGGCGCCCUGGACCCCCGCAACCGGAAGAAGAACUUCGAGCUGGCCUUCACCAUGGCCGAGAACCUGGCUCAGUGCGAGCGCCUCAUCGAGGUGGACGACAUGAUGGCGAUGGGCCGCAGGCCGGACCCCAUGUGCGUCUUCACCUACGUCCAGUCCCUGUACAACCAUCUGCGGCGCUUUGAGUGACGGCCCUCGGCCCCCGCCCCCUGCCCGAGGUUGCCAGAAGAGGCUGGAGCCCCUGGGGGGAGGGGGCGCUUGGCGCUAUGAGAUCACCCAUUUCCGGGGAGAGUCCAGAGGCCGGAAGCUUUGGCUCGCUCGGGCAGCCGGCCGCCUGCUGUGCCGGCCUCUCCGGCCUGGGCUUUGAUGUAGAGCAUUGCGGGGCUGUCGGCUGUGCCCGCGCAGCACUGGCCACCCCGCGGGGGCCCGGACGGGCCUGGGGAAGGCUGGGCCCUCUGUAGCGUGCUCCCCGCUGCUCCUUUGUACAUAAAAGAUGCUAGUCCAGCCCG